AUGGGACAACGUAACGAGCUGAUACAUCGAUUAAGUCGUAUAUUUCAUAUAAGCCAACCAGCUCACGAGCAAAAACAACAAUUGACCAGCGUAUUGCAGAAACAAGAAGACAUUGAUGUAACACCUGACAACGUCAACAAUGCUCAAAAAAGCAAAAAGAGUCGAUGGUCUACAAGUCACCUCAAGAUCAAAUUGCUUCAGCAUCAUCCUUCCCUCAUUUUUUCGUCGUCCAAAGGACAACAGCAGGAGCGAAUGCAGAGUUAUUGUCAGAACGGCAUCGAUAACCUCAGCUACCACUCCAACAAAACUAAACACAGCCGAACUGACAAUAACCGAAGCAAUUAUCUUUAUACUGAAAAAGUGGAGAUUGAUGAAGAUGAUAGUUUUACUGAUACAUUAGAGAUCAAUAUGAAUAGCAAUUCCCCGUAUUGCCAGCAGCAGAAAUAUAUCUAUGCUGGAAGUACGAACCAAACGUCCACGUCCAUCUACUCGACCUUUUCCACGAGCACAACUGCUACCACCACCGAAGAAGAUACAAAAAGAUUUUCGUCGUCUACUGCCGCUAUCGCCACAUCAACUGCUGUAGCACCCAUCUGUACGCCUCCUAAGAGUCCUGAACUCAAACAGCAUCCACCACAACUCAUGAAAUCAGAAUGCCCACGACAAAGGUCACGUUUGUUGAUACUAACGCCGCCGUCUUCCCCUACUGCCUCUCUAAGCGAUAUCAUUGUUGAUGAUGAUGAAAAUGACCAUAAUAAACAAACGAAUAACAUUACUAUUGAUACUACGGUAGCGGUAAAGCAGGAACCAAUAACAAUAACAAUAACAAGGACAGAAAUAGCAAUUCACUUGUCCUUUUUAGUGCGAGAAAUCUUGGGCGACGCAUUUGAAACUGCUGACAAGAACCUGCUUUUCGAAGAGCCAUUGUAA